CCACCAGGAGACGCCCCUUACUGCACCCCGGAGCAGUACAAGGAGUGCGCGGACCCAGCCCUGGAUUUCCUGGUGGAGAAGGACAACGAGUACUGCGUGUGCGAGAUGCCCUGCAACGUGACGCGCUACGGCAAGGAACUCUCCAUGGUGAAGAUCCCCAGCAAGGCAUCCGCCAAGUACCUGGCCAAGAAGUACAACAAGUCGGAGCAGUACAUUGGGGAGAACGUGCUGGUCCUGGACAUCUUCUUCGAAGCCCUGAACUACGAGACCAUCGAGCAGAAGAAGGCGUACGAGGUGGCCGGGCUGCUGGGUGACAUAGGUGGCCAGAUGGGGCUCUUCAUUGGCGCCAGCAUUCUCACCAUCCUGGAGAUGUUCGACUAUGCCUACGAG